UUUAUACAUAAACCGGAAAACGUUAGGCACGAAAGCUAGGGUUUGUCUCUGCGUAUCCAGUGGGAACUGAAGUUUGCAGAGCUCCGCCACCUCCGCCACCAUGGGUCGCAUGCACAGUCGCGGUAAGGGUAUUUCAUCUUCAGCUCUUCCAUACAAGCGAACCCCUCCCAGCUGGCUCAAGAUCUCUUCCGGAGAUGUCGAAGAUAACAUCUGUAAGUUCGCCAAGAGGGGUAUGACUCCUUCUCAGAUUGGUGUUAUUCUCCGGGAUUCGCACGGAAUUGCUCAGGUGAAGAGUGUCACUGGAAGCAAGAUUCUCCGUAUCCUCAAAGCUCAUGGGCUUGCUCCUGAGAUUCCAGAGGAUCUGUACCACCUUAUUAAGAAGGCUGUUGCCAUCAGGAAGCACUUGGAGAGGAACAGAAAAGACAAGGACUCCAAGUUCCGCUUGAUUCUUGUGGAGAGUAGGAUUCAUCGUCUUGCUCGCUACUACAAGAAGACCAAGAAGCUCCCUCCUGUCUGGAAAUACGAGUCCACCACUGCCAGCACUCUUGUGGCUUAGGCUAGGCUAGAGUGGAGUAGUUUCGAAUUAUGGAGAGCGUAAUAGAAGUGUUCUUUAUGGAGAAAUGUUUGUUAAACCAAAUUUUGUUAUUUGAUACAAUUAUGUUGUUGGACAAUUCAUAAUAGCUGUUUGGGAAUGUUGUUUUUCUCAAUGUUCUGCACUACAUAUUUCCCAUUACUCAUAUAUGGUGUUUGAUUGGUUUGUUAGAAA